AUGAGCUUUAUUGAGCGUAGUCGCUGUCUUCGUUGGAGACUGGGCUGGCUCCCUAACAACUACUCAGCCCAAUGCCUAUUCCACACUCUAUGCAUUCUCACUAAAGCUCACGCCAUUGAAUGCCUAAAAAUGCAUAACCGCCUGCAACUUCCGACAACUAUCGUUGACCCCAUUUCUCAUUUGUUGAACCAACUCCCUACUCGACCCAUAAAACAGCAUGUCAAUGCCCCAGUUAAUUGGAGUAUAUCUUGGCCAAUUGUCCAAAUGCUUUUUAUGAAAUCGAUUAUCUUCAGCACGAGAAAAUGCCUCGUAAUUUAAUUUUAACCUAGUCUGCAUUGUGAUCACUUAUCUUUUUUUUUUUCCUAGUAUUUUUUAGGGUUUUUUAAUUCCU